UCCUACUUGCUAACAAUGCUUUUAAUCUUUGCUAAAUUCACUUUGUGGUCUCGAUUCUGGGCUUUGUUUCAAUGUCAGGAAUUUCUUUUCUAAUUCUAUAGGAACUAGGUGACGGCGAUGCCACUAUCUAUGCCAGUUAUCGGGUAUGAAGCGCUCGUAUAUCGGUAACUAGCACCCCCCCACUUUCCUAGGUAUCUUAAGCACUUUUUGUAGCGAUUGAAACAUCUAUUAUUUUUAAGAUUUCCUUGUGGCCUUCUUUGUUCCCAAAGAAUUAUCAAAGAUGAAUACGCCUGUAUGGCCGUUUUCUAUUCUAUAAGCUUUUAGUAUACUAAUGUGGUUUCUAUUUCAGGGAAAUGUAGAAUUACGGUGAUCUUCCAGGUUCGCCCUAAUGGAGUAGCGUGAACAUCCCAUCUUUCCUUUUCUCCAUAUUUUAGAGUUUAAAAUAUUAUCACAGCCCCUGUUUCCGAUGAAACCUGUGCCCAUAUUGUCUUUAUUUAUUUAUUUUUGUUUACAUCAUAUUUAAAAGCAUAGGAAUGUGAUUGCUAAUUCUAGCAUAUCGAACGAUCAUGAUGGGGGUAUGUUUGAUUUUCAAGCGGUUGGUUCUUGGAUUCUUUGCUAGGAAUCGAAAUCAUACCCUAAAUGUUUCUGCUAUCUUUUUCUUUUUUUCUUUUGGUCUGUCAAAAUGCACUUCGAAAUUUACAAGUCUUCUUUCUAUCUUCUUGACUAUAUUGAAGGUCAACAUUAGUUCCAGUUGGAUAACUGACGAAAAAAUCUUUUGCUCUCUUGGCCUACUUUAGCUAAGAAAUUAUCUUAAAAAGGGACCAAAACAAUCUUUCUUUUGUUACCUGGCUCUUGAUCGGAAGUAACUUGGCUACUAUCUUGGCGCUGGUAUUCCCCACCUCUUUCUACUAAUAGCUGACAUAGAGGUAGCAUAUUCCUCUCUCCCUGUCUUCUCGACAAUCUAGAUAAAGUGAAUUCUUUAACUCUUCCUCUUCUUCCUUUGGCCACAUAUGCAACAAAAUGACUGCUGCACUCUAUCAGAAUUACAACAGAACUUCUACUAAUCUCUGUUCAACAACUCGAAGCCAGCAGUUGUUUUAUUUUGUGACGGAUACAAGCUGACACUGGCAGAAAAAAAACAAGAAAAUUAUAUUCAUAUUAGAAGCAUCCUCAAUGUUUAUGGGGUUUUAAAAACUGAAGAUGUUAUACAGAACAAAUCUGACCAUAUUUUUAUAAAUCUGGCAAAAGGUUUCCUCCGGUUGAGAAUAUUGGCAACCUUUGUGUAAGUCACUGUUUAGAAUGUGUACGAGAUAAUUUUGCAUUCUAAAUGGACUUAGAUAUUUGUUUUAUGAAGGACUUUGCAGCAUAGAUUGCAGUUGAUGGAAACAUAACAGGAGGAAUGUUUGUUAGAAGUGAAUUAUAGAAAGGAAGUCAACAGACUUAUUCACAUAUUGUGGUGAGAGAAGAAACCUUGUUAAAUGAAUUGAAAGAUUGUUUUUUUUUUAUUCUUAUUCUUCAGAGAUGGCAAAAAAAUUAGGGAAAUCUUCAUAUGUGUGUUGUAUCUGUGAAAAGUCAUUCUCUUCGAAAGGUCAUCUUACUACUCAUAUACGUACUCAUACAGGAGAGAAACCAUAUCACUGUGAUAUCUGUGGUAAGACAUUCUCUCGAAAGGAUGAACUGACUACUCACAUACGCAUUCAUACAGGAGAGAAGCCAUAUCAUUGUGAUAUCUGUGGUCAUUCAUUCACUCGCAGAGAUAUUUUAACUACACACAUACGCAUUCACACGGGAGAGAAACCAUAUCAAUGUAACAUGUGCAGCAAAUCAUUCUCUAAAAGUACCAAUUUGACCGAUCACAAACGCAUCCAUACUGGAGAAAAACCUUAUCAGUGUAAUUUUUGUGGGAGAUCAUUUAAUCAAAGUAAUCAGCUAAUUAAACACAAACGUAUUCAUACAGGAGAAAAGCCAUAUCACUGUGAUGUGUGUGGUGAGUCAUAUCCUCGAAAUGACGAGUUAACUGCUCACAAAUAUAUUCAUACAGGUGAGAAACCAUAUCAGUGCGAUACCUGUGGAAAAUCAUUCCGUCGAAAUGGUGAUUUAACUAUUCACAAACGCUCUCAUACUGGUGAAAAACGCUUUUAUUGUGAUGUUUGUGGCACAGGAUUCAGCCAGAGUAAUGAUUUAAGGGGACAUAUUCGCACGCAUACUGGGGAAAAACCGUAUCGGUGUGAUAUCUGUGACAAAUCAUUCACUCGAGGGGAUGAGUUAACCGUCCACAAAAACCUUCAUGCAGGAGAAAAACCACAUCAGUGCGAUAUCUGCGGGAAAUCAUUCAGUCGAAAAUACGAUGUAACUACGCACAAAUCCAUUCAUAGUGGAGUGAGGCCGCAUCAGUGUGACAUCUGUGGUAAAUCAUUUCUUCGCAAAAAUCAACUGACCACUCACAAACGUAGUCAUACUGGAGAGAAACCAUAUCAUUGUUAUAAUUGUGGUCAGUCGUUCAGUUACAGUUAUCGGUUAACUCAGCACAAAUGUAUUAGUACGGGAGAAAAUGUGUAUCAUAAUAUUUUUGAUAAACCAUUGUCUUAACAAGAUUUAAUUAUUCGCGUUUGUAUCUUUACAUGAGAGAAAAUGCAUCACUUUAUUUGUAGUAUUUCAUUAUACUAUAAUUGGACCCUUGCGUGUCUUAUACAUAACUGAAUUCUAUGUGUAUUUCUCGUGUAUUUUAAUGCAUAUCCUUUUAUGUUAUGUAUAUUAUUGUUUUAUUAAUUUUUUGUAUGUAUUCUAUACAUUCUGAUUAAUUCUGUUGUUAGUAAUAAUAUCUAUAAGUUUAUCUGUGGCAUGAUUCUGUCAUGGUGAAAAUUAAUAUUAAUUUGUGAUUGUAUUAUUAAACUUUACCUAAAUACAAAAUGUGUGGAACAAUCUUUGAAUUAUCAAUGUUUUUAUGUCCAUUUUAUGGAAUGUGUUGAACCACAUUUUGUCAUUUCAAGUGUAAAUCUCAAAUUCCAGAGUUCUAACUGCACCAAUCUUUGUGAAUAUUUAUAAUGAUUUCAAAUGUAAAUAAAACUGGUUUACUCUUAAAA